AUGGGCUCGAUCGAACAAGGAGAAGACCUCUCCAUUCCCUCCCUCCCACCAUUCCCUUCCGACAUUCCAUCCGCGCCUCUCCUCCGCAUCAACCUUAACCGCCUCCUCGCCUCCGACCCAGAAGAAAUAUCCCGCCUCUUCUCCGCCUGCCGCGACCUCGGAUUCUUCUACCUCGACCUCCGCUCCGCCUCAUCCGGCGACAUAUCCGGCCACACCCUUCUCGACUCAACUGAUGAUCUCUUCCGCCUGGGCGAGCAAGUCUUCGCUCUACCAGUGGACGAGAAACAGCAAUACGACCUCAUGGAUCAGAAUUCAUACUACGGCUACAAAGGUCUUGGACAAGGCGUCAUCGAUGCCAAAGGUACACGCGACCGGAAUGAGUUUUGGAAUAUUUCCAAAGAUGAUAUUCUUGGUCUUAGCGAGCCGAUUGUUAACCCGGAGAUUCUGAAGCGGAAGGAGAGUCGGGAAUUGUUGAAGACGUUUAUUGAGCAGAGUCAUGGUAUCGUGAGACUGGUCUUGCAGCUGUUGGAUGCUUCGCUUGGCUUACCGGCUGGCAAACUGGAAAGUCUCCAUCGUCUGCAAGCGAAUAGUGGAGAUCAAGUCCGAUGGGUACGCUCGCCGCCGAAAGAAGAGGCGAUGGAUGCGCAGCAGGCGGCGUUGGGCGAGCAUACGGACUUUGGAAGUGUGACGGUUCUGUUCAAUCGAUUGGGAGGAUUGCAGGUGCUGCCGCCGGGGGAGAAUGAGUGGAGGUUUGUGAGGCCGUUGAAGGGGCAUUGUGUGGUGAAUUUGGGGGAUGCGAUGGUGAAGUUUAGUGGUGGGGUGUUGAGGAGUAAUAUUCAUCGUGUUGUUAAUCCACCUGGCGAACAGGCGAGGUCGACACGUUAUAGUCUGGUGUAUUUCAGUAGGCCGGAGGAUGAUGUGCUACUGCAAGUCUUGGACGGUAGUAAGAUGAUUGAUGAGGAGCGAAGAACGGAGGGUAGUGGUAAGGACGAUGAAGUCAUUACGGCAAAGGAAUGGAUUCUGAGGAGAGCGUUGGGCAGACGAGCUGGUGGAGACUGGAAUAAGAGUGGUGGAACUGAUACGGAGCGGUUGGAGAGGGUUGGUGGGAUGAGGGUGAAGGCAUGA